AUGAGGGAUUUGUUACGCUCCAAAAAUCCAAAGAGUUAUGAUAUGACCUUUGGUGGCAAAAUAAUUGUUUUUGGUGGCGAUUUUAGGCAAAUUAUCCCAGUAGUUCCAAAGGGCACACGACAAGAUAUUGUGGGGGCAAGCAUAAACUCCUCUUAUCUUUGGAGAUCUUGUGAUGGAGUAGUUGGUAAUUCAACUGAUGGUGAAGCAGAUAUUACAAUUCCAGAUAACUUAUUGCUCAAGUGUGACGAUGAUCCUAUUGCUGCAAUUGUUGAUAGCACAUUCUCUUUGUUUCGACGCGGUAUAGGUGAUCUGUCCUAUCUUAAGAAUAGUGUUAUUUUGGCUCCAACAUUGGAUGUGGUUGAUAGCAUUAAUCAAUACAUGAAUGAUCAUGAUCGUGCUGAAGGUAUGACUUAUUUGAGUUGUGAUUCGAUUUGUAAGUCCGAUUCAAAUGUAGAUAUGUUAUCAGAUUUGCACACACUAGAAUUCUUAAAUGGUCUAGAUCUUUGA